AUGGCCCCCGGUGACCCUCGGCCCCGGCCUCCGCGUCCUGCCAGCCGGAUCGUGAAGCCGGGCGGAAACAAUGGACCAAAGGCACGACAGGAUACGCAGCAGCAACCUGGCGACAAAGACGCCGAGACGAUUGCCUACAUCAAGCGAGUCCUAUGCUCCGACAAGACCCGCACGCCGACCCAGCGUGACCACUCGACCGCAUCGACAUCCCUGGACGAGCUGCUGCCGCCACUGACCAGCUCCAACGAUGUCGACAUCCAACUCUACGCCAUCAUUGCCGUCGUUCUCGAUCAGUUCGUACAGAGCUGGUAUCAGCGCAUCACCGUCGAUCACGAUUUCAUUGACGAGAUUAUCAAUAUCAUCGCCCAUUGCACCAGAGGCAUUGAGCAACGCCUGAAACAUCUCGACCUCCAGGAGCUCCUCUUGGACGAACUCCCCGCGCUAUUCUGCGCCCACAUCGAAGCUUUCACCAUCGCACUAAACGCCUGCUCAGAUGACAGGCCGUCCAGCGAUGCCCGUCACAUCUUUCAUUCCCUUCGCCCCAACCCAGCACUGACGCCACCACCCGACAACCCUACGGACGCGGCCAAACAGCAAGAGAAUGAAAGCGCCUGGGCGCAACUUCUCGUGUCGCGCAUCUUACCAUUGGUCCUUCCCCCAGAGGACCUGCAGAAUCCCUGUCUGCAUGUCCUAGUAUCUGAGGUCUUCUCACAGAUCAUCCUCUGCAAUGCCGUCUUGGGAAGAGGCAGUGAGGCUUGGGUGAUUUGGGAAGGUGUCACCAAGCUCAUCAAAUCACUCACGCAGCCCUCCGUUCCUUCGCCCGAGGCACAAGUCGCACAGCCCGUGGAUCGCCUUCAGCAAUUUGGACUCCUUUCUUCUGCAGAGAAUAUCACUAUUGCAACUCAACAAGCUCGAGAACCUCGCCGCAUCGAUAACGUGGCGCGAGCCUUCUGGUCAGUGCUGCAGACCCUUUCCCUGGGUUGGUUGAUCCUGCGCGCCGUCAUAGAUGCUCUCAUGCACGACUCCUCGAUUCCCCCACGCUCCAUUCGCCGCCCGGAAGCUCACCCAACGAACAAACUUUCUCUAGCCGCCAGCUACGAUGAUGCACAUCGCGAUCCGAGCCUGCAACCGUCCCUUAAUUCCAACGGCCGAGCCGAUGAUGACAAGCCGGCCGUGGUGGAGAUGCGCGUGUGGACGUGUGUCGCGAAGUUGGCCGCGCUCGAGCGCCGCAUGCCCUGGCUGCAUGGCCUUGUCUCACUUUUGCAAUGGCUUGUGUUGAAUGGCCCGGGCAAGGUGUGCAGGCUGGAUGGUGCCCUGGACAGGUGAGUUGAUUGGUGCGUUUUCCUUCUUUGUCCUCUUCUCCGCUUUCAUGUGCAAAAUGCGCCACCACUCGACGAACGCGUUCCAUUGACGGGACUCUGGGUUGCCCAUGGUCUGGACGCAGUUCCGCUGCCCAACGAUCGGAGAAGUGCAGGUCUCCAUCAUCAGGUGAUGUUUGUGCCUUCCGCUUCGCCAGUCUGCCCUGCCGGAAGAGACGACUUGCAGCAGCGCAAUCAAAGCCUUCCACCACUCCAACAAAGUCGCCACCUCACUGGACGCCGAUCCAACCAACCACAAGCCCUGGUCUGCCGGUUUCAGCCCGAGCUGUCAAGCUAGCCAAAAAAGCGGGGGUAUGCUUGCUCGCCUGCAGAGCCUGCUUGCUUGCCUUCUGCAUGCAGCCCGCACAACAUAGCAUCUGACAUCAAAUCAGACUAGAGCAUGCACGGGAGCGGGCAGCGGCCUCGGACCU